CCCUUGAGUAUUGCCCCCCCCUCUAUGCCGCAAGGAGGCGAACUACCUGGUGUCAGUCGAUGGCCCUGUGGACGAUGCUCUAUGCAAGUAUUUCCUUUCACACUUCCUGACAUUGAUCGAGACAAAUAACAUCGACUGUUUUGUUUUGUUUGUUUUUUUUUUUUGCUUAGAGUGUUGCCCAUCGGAAAUCAUUUUAAUGUGGUGAAUCUCAUUGGGCAGAUAUGACGCACGUCUGAACCGUCUUGACAGAAUAUGACAGAAUAUAAUUUAGCGAAAUAGAGAUGCACAUGAUUUAUCUAACCGUUCUUUGAUAACGCCGUGUUGAAUUAAGCAGUGCCGAGCUACAAGAAUGAUAAAUAGGUUUGCUCGCCAUGUCCGCCGGUUCCCCUGGCUCACCAACGUCACGUUGUACGGUUGCCUGUUCGCGGGAGGGGACUUUGUGCACCAGUUCUUUUCCCACAGGGACAAAAUGGACUGGAGCCACACACGGAAUGUGGCUGUGGUUGCGUUCAGUUUCCAUGGCAACUUCAAUUUCUUCUGGAUGCGCUUUCUGGAACGCACAUUCCCCGGGAAUUCCGCCGGGAUGGUGAUGAGGAAGCUGUUGGUGGAUCAGACCACGGCGGCACCCUUCGCCACCAGCGUUUUCUACACAGGUGUCAGCAUCUUGGAGGGUAAAGAUGACAUCAUGGAAGACUGCAGAAACAAAUUCCUGAACACUUACAAGACGGGACUAAUGUUCUGGCCCUUCAUGCAGUUACUAAACUUUGCCUUGGUGCCUCCAUACAUGCGGACCACCUUUAGUGGCUGCUGUGCCUUCGUCUGGGCCACAUUUCUGUGCUUCUCACGUCAGAGCGGUGACGGCACCGCCGGCGCUGCCCUCGCAUGGAUGUUCCCCCCCAAAGAGGACAUAGAGGAGCCCAUAGUGAAGACAGAAGAAGUGAAAAGUCAGGUAGUUUCUCAGGAAGCAGCAGGAUCUCAACAAAAGUAAAAAAAAAAAAUAAAAGACAGGAGAAGCAGCUGGAGUCACAAGAGACAAGAGACAAGAGUGCAAGCUCAUGUGUCGCUCAGGGGUCAACGUUCAGGCUACAACUGCCGAGGUCAUUCCUAAAUCAAAAUAGACUCAUCGGCCUUGACAUCAGCUACACUUACAUAUUACAUCUAAUUGUGUACCUAAUAUUAUGGCCAUUGAGUAAGAAGGUGCUCCUCAAGACAGCCAUAACAGCGAGAGGUUAUUUAAGCAUUGUCUUCCACGUACCACACAGUGAAUAUGCAUCGUGUUUGAACUGAUCUUGCACAAAGUGAAUAGAGGUUAUAAAUGGCACAGUAGAUUCCUUGCCUGAUUUGCUGCCCCGCAUAUUCACUGAUUUAUUGUUUCUGCUUUAACUGUACUUAUUUUUUUAUGGUAACCUAAAUAUAAAGUAGUUCCAUGGCGAAAUGAGUGGUGCAGCUAUUAAUCCAGCAGAGGGUGCUAUUUCACAAAUCAAUUCAUUCAACAUUUUCCAGUGUGAAGAUGCUUUGACAAGACGUGAUGUUGUAUAACUGCACAUUUAGUAAGUAUAAUAUUGGACUGUGUGCCUGAAAAAGAGAAUUUAAAAUGUGUUUAAUAAUCGGGAUGCAUAUUAUACCAUUUAGUAUCCAAGAAAAGUAGAUAUAGGGGUAUCCACAAUUCGCGGUCUGACAUUUGCAGGGGGUCUAGGAAGGUAAGCGAAAUAAUAGUGACCAACUUAUCAUUGAACCAACCACUUGAUAUGCUAAAUGUUAUUAUUGCCCCUCUGCAUAUUCAAAAAAUACAAUUAAUUGUUAAUAAGAUAACCUAUAGUAACCUAUAACAAAGUUCCGAUGUUGUUUUGUUCAGAUAGCUUAGCAUAUAUUGACCUACAGUGUAUUGCUUUUAGCAUCUUUAAUGUACGAAAUGGUCACUCCAGACUACAAAGUCAUUUCAGUUGUGCACAGGCAUUGCUCAAGUUUGACAGCAUGGAGUCUGCAGAAAACAAAAUAAUUUAAUUGAUGCCGCAUCUCUGUGACAUCUUCUAUAUCUAUCCAACAGCUGAGUUUGAAAAGUACAUGAAGUAACGGGCAUCUGCACCUGCAAAAUAUUUAUAUUUAUUAUUUAUUUAAUUUUAUUAUCGUUUGUAAGGGGAGCAAAGUCAGAGAGAAAAAUAUAUUUUACUGUUGCGUUGUAUUUGCUCUUGAUUCUAACCCUCAUUGGAUUUCAUUGGAAAGUGGAAACUGGGAAAUAAGUUAACCUGAGUUGAAAGGGUUGGUGCUAAUACUACUUUUCAUUAUAGCUACUGAAACCAAGCAUAAACUUUACUAUAGACAAAAAAAACAAUACAAGCAGUACAUUUUCAUGUUAACAAAAUACCAAUUUUCUGUGAAUAUUAAAAGUAUAGGGAAUAUUAUGUUGAGACUUCCAUUUGCUUGAUGCCAGAUUCUGCUAGAUAUGAAUGUGAUGUCAUCGGUUUUAUCAUUUCCAUGUUGGUUUCAGUGAACAUGUUUCUUUAUUAUUUUUAGUGCAUGCUUUUAUUUGGAAAUUUUGGGUGGUGUCAAAACAUGUAGUUCGAUAGAUGGAUGGAUGGAUGGAUGGACGGAUGGAUGGUAUGUCAAACAGGUGGGAUUUUUUUUAUUGGUCUCUGAAGAGAAUGUAACCAUACAAUCAUGUUUUUAAUCGAGUAGAACAGACUAGAUAUCUCAUUUUCAGUUGCACUGUAACUUAUUUUUUAGGAAUCAUGAAUUUAGGAAAUUAUUAUACAGGUGCGUGUGAGUAAAUCCUAAAUUUCACUUGUUGAAUUGAACUACUGAAAGAAAUGAACUUUUCGAAGAUAUUGAAAUGUGUUGAGGUGCCCCUGAAAGCAAACAAUUUACUGACCAUAUCGGCAGAUUGUGUACUCAAGACCGGAUGGUGAAACUGUAACAUUUGUAACACUGAUUUUAAUAUUAAUAUCAUUCAGAGUAUUUGACAGUGUUGCAAAUACGAAUGUGAGUGUUGAUAUGUUGUUGCACUUCAUUGUUGUAUUUUUAAAGAAAAAACAAUUAUCCUGGUUUCUCAGCCGGGCCUGCCAAAGGCUUUUUGUGUCCCUAAACAGACAUACAUUAUAUGCUGCAUAAUAAAGAUAGUAAUGAAAUGGUUUAGUAUUGUAACUGAACCAAUAAACACAUAUUUGUUGUAAAAUGGGAUUUAAUAAAGAGCAGAAAAACUGUUAUUUUUAUUUGUGCUCUCU